AUGUCUGAUCCCCAUGCCUACACUGUUGGCUGGAUCUGUGCCCUUCCCACAGAGUUGGCCGCUGCCCGCACCUUUCUUGAUGAACAACAUCCCGCCCCUAAAGCGGUUCAACGGAAUGAUUGCAACACUUAUACUCUCGGGACAAUGGGGAAGCAUAACGUUGUCAUUGCAGUUAUGCCCAAGAGGGAGUACGGAAUCGCAGCUGCCGCUACAGUGGCGAAAGACCUGGUCCACAGCUUUCCCAACGUCCGCAUCGGAUUGAUGGUCGGUGUUGGAGGUGGCGCGCCAAGUCAACAAAACGAUAUACGCCUCGGUGACAUAGUUAUUGGAAGUCGCGAUGCUGGAAAAGGCGGCGUCGUACAGUACGACUAUGGCAAAAUGAUGCAAAAUCAAGGGUUCGUUGAAACCGGGAGCUUGAACCAACCGCCACCAGCCCUAUUGAACGCAGUUUCCGGACUCGAGACCGAGUACAUGAUGCAGGGGCCUGAACUCGAGUCCAAGGUGCAAAAGGCCUUGAUUCCAUGGAAACGACUCCAAAAGACACACUCACGCCCGGAUGCAAGUACCGAUCAGCUCUACAAAUCCGAUUUCAUCCACCCACUCAACUCUGAUGCAGCUUGCUCCCAAGCAUGUGAAGCCAACACCGCCAAUGUAGUGUCUCGACACAAGCGGAGCGAAGAUGAAGACAACCCUGCCAUUCACUACGGACUCAUUGCUUCUGCAAACCAGGUGAUGAAGAAUGCCGAGAUACGAGACCAACUUUCGGUGGAAAAGGGCGUCCUCUGCUUUGAGAUGGAAGCCGCCGGCUUGAUGAACCACUUUCCGUGCCUGGUCAUCCGGGGAAUAUGCGACUACUCCGACUCGCAUAAGAACAAGGAGUGGCAAGGCUUCGCGGCCAUGGUGGCGGCGGCGUACGCAAAAGAUCUUUUACUCCAUAUUCCGCUAAACAGUGUCGAGGUAGAGAAGCCUAUCCGCGAAGUUCUUAAUACCAUUCAGGAAGGUCUGCACGGCUUGAAGCAGACGGCGGAUGAAACGAAAAUAGCAGUCGAGACUAUGCACUCUGACCACACGAUCCUUCUUUUCGGCCUACAACAAGGUGUACAGGAUCUCAAGUUCGGCAAAGCCGAGGAUCUGUCCAUUGCCCGCAAUCCUCAUUUUGUCGUACCGUUCCCUCCCGACCCCAAUUUCGUGAAUAGGCCCGAUAUCUGGGCAUGGACCGAAACGCGAUACGCUGAAUCUGAGAGGCGCUUUGCUCUCGUGGGUCUUGGCGGGUUUGGCAAGUCCCAGGUAGCCGUCCAAUUCGCUCAUCAAGUCCGCGUCACCUCCCCCAACACCAGCAUUUUCUGGGUCAACGCCAGCACGAAAGCGACAUUCGAAGACUCAUACCGUUCCAUCGCAGAAGUCCUAGCGCUCCCCCGUCGCCACGACCCUGGGGUCAAUGUCUUAGCGCUGCUCCGUGACUGGCUGCAGAAGGAGAACGUGAGCCCGUGGCUGAUGAUUGUCGACAAUGCCGACGAUAUCGAGAUGUUAUUCUCCAAGAUUAAUAGUCAAACGGAUGCGUCGAUACCGAUAGCAUCGUAUAUCCCGAAGACGGAUAAUGGCAAGAUCCUGGUAACAUCGCGCAGCUGGGACGCCGCAGAGAAGCUAACGGGUAACGGCAAGAUGAUUUUCAGAGUCCCAACAAUGGAGGAAGCGCAGGCCUUUCAGCUUCUCCAAAAUAAACUUGACCAAGAUGUCGACGAGGUCGCCGCCUUGCGCCUGGUCCACACCCUGGGUUGCAUCCCGCUCGCCGUCAACCAAGCAGCGGCGUACAUCCAUAAAAGAAGCCGGGCGACCAUCCAAUCAUACUUGGACGAACUCCAAAAGAGUGAAAAGCGGAAGGGCACUCUGCUGCGUAGUGACACAGGGGAUAUCCGGCGAUACGACGGUGUAUCGAACUCCGUCGUUCUGACGUGGCAGUUGACGUUUGAGCAGAUCAAACGGGAGCAGCCCCGGGCGGCUAAACUUCUGUCGCUGAUGAGCUACUUCCACGCACAAAACAUUCCCGAGUAUAUGCUACGCACCUAUAACAGUGGCUUAGUAGGUGAUAACGAGAGCGACGACGACGACAACGACAACGACAACGACGACAACGACGACGGUGACUUGGAGGACGACUUGGAUGUGCUCCAGGGCUACUCCCUCAUCACAAAGACAGUCACAUCAGGGUUCUGUGAGAUGCACUCGCUGGUACAAUUUUGUACACAGGUCUGGAUUUCGGAAUUUGGUUGCCCAAAGCGAUGGAAGAGACUCUUCCUCCGGUCCGCCUCACAUCACUUUCCAUCGGGUGUCUACGAAACGUGGGAGAAGUGUCAAGCUUUAAUGCCCCAUGUGGAGCAACUACUGAACGAAGAGCCGGCAGAAGAAAGCGACCGGUUAGAAUGGAGCGAGUUAGUGACGAACAUUUCACGCUACUUACUCAUGCUAGGCGACUAUUACAGGGCCGAGACUGCUGUACUUCAGGCUGUUAGAAUUCGAACAGAAAGUCUAGCUCAGGGGCAUCCCUCUACGCUAACGAGCAUGGCCAACCUGGCGUCGACGUUUUGGAACCAGGGCCGGUGGGAGGAGGCCGAGCAGCUAGAGGUUCAAGUGAUGGAGACGAGCAAGACGAAGCUCGGGGCUGAUCAUCCCGACACGCUGACGAGCAUGGCCAACCUGGCGUCGACGUACAGGAACCAGGGCCGGUGGGAGGAGGCCGAGAAGCUAGAGGUUCAAGUGAUGGAGACGAGGAAGACGAAGCUCGGGGCCGAUCAUCCCGACACGCUGACGAGCAUGGCCAACCUGGCGUCGACGUUUUGGAACCAGGGCCGGUGGGAGGAGGCCGAGAAGCUAGAGGUUCAAGUGAUGGAGACGAGGAAGACGAAGCUCGGGGCCGAUCAUCCCGACACGCUGACGAGCAUGGCCAACCUGGCGUCGACGUUUUGGAACCAGGGCCGAUGGGAGGAGGCCGAGAAGCUAGACGUUCAAGUGAUGGAGACGAGGAAGACGAAGCUCGGGGCCGAUCAUCCCUCCACGCUGACGAGCAUGGCCAACCUGGCGUCGACGUACAGGAACCAGGGCCGGUGGGAGGAGGCCGAGAAGCUAGACGUUCAAGUGAUGGAGACGAGCAAGACGAAGCUCGGGGCCGAUCAUCCCUCCACGCUGACGAGCAUGGCCAACCUGGCGUCGACGUACAGGAACCAGGGCCGGUGGGAGGAGGCCGAGAAGCUAGACGUUCAAGUGAUGGAGACGAGGAAGACGAAGCUCGGGGCCGAUCAUCCCUCCACGCUGACGAGCAUGGCCAACCUAGCGUCGACGUACAGGAACCAGGGCCGGUGGGAGGAGGCCGAGAAGCUAGAGGUUCAAGUGAUGGAGACGAGGAAGACGAAGCUCGGGGCCGAUCAUCCCUCCACGCUGACGAGCAUGGCCAACCUGGCGUCGACGUUUUGGAACCAGGGCCGGUGGGAGGAGGCCGAGAAGCUAGACGUUCAAGUGAUGGAGACGAGGAAGACGAAGCUCGGGGCCGAUCAUCCCUCCACGCUGACGAGCAUGGCCAACCUAGCGUCGACGUACAGGAACCAGGGCCGGUGGGAGGAGGCCGAGAAGCUAGAGGUUCAAGUGAUGGAGACGAGCAAGACGAAGCUCGGGGCUGAUCAUCCCGACACGCUGACGAGCAUGGCCAACCUAGCGUCGACGUACAGGAACCAGGGCCGGUGGGAGGAGGCCGAGAAGCUAGAGGUUCAAGUGAUGGAGACGAGGAAGACGAAGCUCGGGGCCGAUCAUCCCUCCACGCUGACGAGCAUGGCCAACCUGGCGUCGACGUUUUGGAACCAGGGCCGGUGGGAGGAGGCCGAGAAGCUAGACGUUCAAGUGAUGGAGACGAGGAAGACGAAGCUCGGGGCCGAUCAUCCCGACACGCUGACGAGCAUGGCCAACCUAGCUCAUACGUGGAAAAGCCAGGGCCGGCGGGUCGACGCAAUCCAGUUGAUGCGCGACUGCCUUGGGCUCCAGCAACGCCGUCUUGGAGUCAAUCAUCCCAACACCAGGUCCUCCUUUUCGAGUCUUGAGGAGUGGGAAAAGGUUCCAGUUGCGAAGAAGCGAAUCAUCUUCAAGGUUCCGAAGCGGAAGAAGCGAAUAAGCUUUGAGCACGAUUUAUGUAGACGAUGA